GCGAGCUGGUUAUCUUUAGGAGGCGAGGGGAUUCUUUGCUACUACCUUUUCUCCAACACCAGCCAUCGCGAACCACCGCAUCGACUGCCGCCUUUUAUUUCCUCGCAUCACAAGGCAAUUCCCUUUACUCGCGAAAAUGUUGUCCAGAGCUGUGCGAGCUGUGCCCCGGGCCGCUCCUCUGCGUUCUGUCCGCGCUGUUGCUCCUUUUGCAGCCCGCUCCGUAACCACCGAUGCGGCUUCUUCCUCUCUGAGCAACAAGGUCCCUGAGUCCGACGACGAGCCCUUCCAGAUCACCCUCAGCGAUGAGAGCUUCGAGACCUACGAGCUCGACCCUCCUCCUUACACUCUCGAUGUCACCAAGAAGGAGUUGAAGCAGAUGUACUACGACAUGGUCGCCAUCAGACAGAUGGAAAUGGCUGCCGAUCGCUUGUACAAGGAGAAGAAGAUCCGUGGUUUCUGCCACUUGUCUACCGGUCAGGAGGCCGUUGCCACUGGUAUCGAGCAUGCCAUCACCCCAGAGGACGACAUCAUCACCGCCUACCGUUGCCACGGUUUCGCCAUGAUGCGUGGCGGUUCCGUUCGCUCCAUCAUUGGUGAGCUUCUCGGCCGUCGUGAGGGUAUCGCCUACGGUAAGGGUGGUUCUAUGCACAUGUUCUCCCCCGGCUUCUACGGCGGUAACGGUAUCGUCGGCGCCCAGGUCCCGGUCGGAGCCGGCCUUGCCUUCGCCCACAAGUACGAGGGCCGCAAGAACGCCUCCAUCAUCCUCUACGGUGAUGGUGCCUCCAACCAGGGUCAGGUCUUCGAGGCCUUCAACAUGGCCAAGCUCUGGAACCUCCCUGCCCUCUUCGGCUGUGAGAACAACAAGUACGGUAUGGGUACCUCUGCUGCCCGUUCCUCUGCUCUGACCGACUACUACAAGCGUGGUCAGUACAUCCCUGGUCUCAAGGUCAACGGCAUGGACGUCCUCGCCGUCAAGGCUGCCGUCAAGUACGGUAAGGAAUGGACCGCUGCCGACAAGGGCCCCAUGGUCCUCGAGUACGUCACCUACCGCUACGGUGGUCACUCCAUGUCCGACCCCGGCACCACCUACCGUACCCGUGAGGAGAUCCAGCGCAUGCGUUCCACCAACGACCCCAUUGCCGGACUCAAGCAGAGAAUCCUCGAGUGGGAGGUUACCACUGAGGAGGAGCUCAAGAAGAUCGACAAGGAGGCCCGCAACCACGUCGCCGCGGAGGUCGCUGCCGCCGAGGCCAUGGCCAUCCCUGAGGCCAAGCCCCAAAUCCUCUUCGAGGACAUCUACGUCAAGGGCACCGAGCCCCAGUUCAUCCGUGGCCGCACCACCUCCGAGAACUUCCACUUCAACCAGUAAAGUGUUCUCCCGGUCAGGCUGAUUACAACAGACGAUCAGACUCUCCACCAUGAUAGCACAUAUUUUGCUGGAGAAGAAGAAGAAGGCGAAAAGCUUCUUAACCCAACCUCUACCAUCCUAAUUCCUCCUUUCCCCCCGAAUCAUCCACCAUGUCUAGACUAGUUGGCCUUUUUUGUACAAUACUCCUGCGGAUAGAGUGUAUGGAACUAGGGCUUUGAAUUUCACGACUGUUAUAUCCUAGCAGAAUAAAUUAAAACAUGAAUUAAUAAAACACUUCUUUUUGUCAUAUUACGCGCGA